CACUCCGGGGGUUUUAUCUCGACCCAUUUCUCCAUCCGCUCCUCGCCUCGUCCCCGUCCCCGAAUUCCGAACCCUAGCCUUCCUUCUCUACUCCUCCCCGCCGCCGCCCCCGCCGCCGCAGCGAGCACGCGGACGCAGCCAUGUCUGGGAGGAGGAAGACGCGGGAGCCCAAGGAGGAGAACGUGACGCUCGGCCCCACCGUCCGCGAGGGGGAGUACGUCUUCGGCGUCGCGCACAUCUUCGCCUCCUUCAACGACACCUUCAUCCAUAUCACUGAUCUGUCCGGGAGGGAGACGCUCGUCCGCAUCACUGGUGGCAUGAAGGUCAAAGCUGACCGUGACGAGUCAUCCCCGUACGCAGCCAUGCUUGCAGCUCAGGAUGUUGCCCAGAGAUGCAAGGAGCUUGGAAUCACUGCUCUGCACAUUAAGCUCCGUGCGACCGGUGGAAACAAGACAAAGACUCCAGGCCCUGGUGCUCAGUCUGCGCUUAGGGCUCUUGCGCGUUCUGGCAUGAAGAUUGGACGCAUUGAGGAUGUGACUCCGGUCCCAACUGACAGCACGCGGAGGAAGGGUGGUAGGAGGGGAAGGAGGCUGUAAUUUGGUGCGGAACCAGACCCAACCUGGCCGUGCAACCUGUUUUGUGCUUUUGUUCGUGAUGCUAGCACCGGAUUUCAUGGAUUUAUAAGUUUUGAGCUACCUUGUGUAUCGUCGUAACAUUUUGAACCGAAUUGCUUGCUUACUUUGGCUGCACAUUCUCUAUUACAAUUUCGCUGUUUUGCCUGUA